AUGUCGUCGAAAAAUCAACAAGCAAAGAGGACACCACGAGCUAUGCCAGUGGAAACAAUAAUAACACGGUACAAAUCAGCUCAACAGAAGAGAACACAGGAACCGGAACAGAAAAAGGUGAUUAAGAACAUUAAAAAAAAUAAAGCCACCAAAAAGGCUGCAUUACCACAGAAAGAAAAGCAAAAUAGAUUACAAGAAAUGAAACAGCUCAUAGAGAGUACAGAAUUUUAUCCUAAUAAACGCAAACGGCAUAUAAAACCGAAGAAAAUAGUGCUCAUACCAAAGAAUUGUCUUAAAAUGGUUGGCGGAACUAAAAGUAGCAAUAAACGGAAACUACAUAUACCGAGGAAGGAACCAAAUAACACAUUGUCCGAGACCUUAAUGAAUAGUAUGGAAACAAACUCGAAUAUAAGUUUCCCGGAGCUGAUACAAGUUAUCGAGGAGAGUGGGAGUUUGAAUGAUGAAGAUUUCCUGGAGAUACUCACCUGCCCGAGUCCGGUGUGGUGGGAAGAUCCACCUCAUGGAUAUAUGGAAGAAGCUCUAUAUUCAAGAUCGCCCGAGGAAGAUAAAAAUUCAUGUCAGAAUGAAGAAAAAACAGAAAAUGUUAGUUGUAAUUUAGAAAAAGAUCUGGUAAUAAACUUUAUAGAUCGCAGCAAGAACUUCAUUAAGAAGAGAGGAAAAUUGGAAACUUUACUAAAGAACAUACGUGAAAAGAUUAAUAAACCUGAAAUUGAUAAUCAGAAGAAUUCUGAAAGAAGUAACGAUGAUUCCAUCGAAUUGAGAGAUGACGAAGUUCUGAAACAUCUUGAGAACAUUAAAAUACCAAUUGCCGAAGAAAAAGUGAAAAGUUCAGACGAAGAAUCCGAUAAAAACAUGCCGAUAGAUGAAGAGUAUUUAGACAUGAGUUACUUCGAAGAAAACUAUGAAAAUGACAUAAAAGAUACAACAAAACCAGAAACAGAAGAAAGAUAUUUCAAACAAAUACAACAAGAUAAAGAUAUACAAGAAGAAUAUGUAGCUGUGUAUAAAAUUAUUGAAUCCGAUGAUGAAACAAAUGAAAUUUUAAAAGAAAAACAGAUAAGUUCAUAUUAUAAACAACAGAAAUUUAAAAGUAAUUUUAAUAAAUGCAGUUGUUAUAAGAAUAAGUCGAUCAAAGUGUCCGAGUCAGUGAAAUAUUGUAUGGUUUGUUCAUCUAUAAAUGAUACCGAUGAAUGUAAGUACUGUAUGGGUAAAUAUAUUAAGUGUGUGUGUGACAGGUACACUUGUGAUGUCUGUAGCAUGAGAUUGGAGAGCAAAAAUGAAUUGGUAGAUCAUUUGAAGCAUUGUGUUAAAUAG